AUGAGGUUAAGUGUUCUCGCAUCCAAUAUUCAAGAAACGACAACUUUUGCAAAAUGGAUUUUGGAUAUAGGAAAAGGAAAGGUUGGUGGUUUAAAUGAUGGAGAGGCAAUUAUUGAUAUUCCUGAUGAUCUUCUCAUUGUUGAUUCUACUAAUCCUAUUGGUUCAUUAAUUGAAUUUGUCUAUCCUUAUAUCGUUGAAAAUGUCAAGAAUCCGAUUUAUUUUCAAGAAAGAGCAAUCCUUACACCUAAGAAUGAAGUCGUUCAAGAGAUUAACGAGCGUUUGUUAAAAUUAUUUUCAGGAGCCCAACAUGAGUAUUUAAGUUUAGAUAUUCUUUCACAUGCAGAUUUUGUUCAUGAUAACAUUGAUGAAACUUUAUACUCUCCUGAUGUUCUAAAUGGUCUUAGACCUUCAGGUAUGCCAAUUCAUAAGUUGGUAUUAAAAGUUGGUGUUUCAGUUAUGUUACUAAGAAAUAUUGAUCAAAAAUCCAGAUUGUGCAAUGGAACAAGGCUACGGGUUAUUGCAUUGGGCAAACGUGUUAUAGAAGCUGAGAUAAUAUCUGGAAGUAAUAUCGGAAACCAUACGUUUAUUCCAAGAAUGUCUUUGACGCAUUCGAAUAAAAGGAUUCCUUUCAUAUUUAAAAGAUGA